ACCGCUCAAUAAAAAAAUCUGUAGAUGAUGAAGAAAUGCCAUCAUUUGCCCCAACGCAGAAAUCCACUUCCUAUAAGAUCGUGAAAAGUGAUAGAAGCGUGGCGACGAUACUAGUAACUCAGGAAGAUUCACCGACCUCACAACUGAGCAGUGCCGUUGAAUUUUCCUACGAAACCCAAAUGCAAAAACGAAUGAAGCAGUUCGUCAACUACGUUAGUUUCUUGCGAGCCAAAUGCUGUUUUUUACUUAAUUUUUUGCUGCACUAUCCUGGCCAAAUGAUUCGCGCAGCUGUGCAUAGUUGAUG